AUGCCGCCCGUCUCUAGCCGUCUGCCGGAGGAGAGAGGCGCCGACCGCGCGACGCGGCGACAGAUUGAAAGGGGCCCGUCUCGCCUUCCUUUCCCUCCUCAGUGUCUCUACAGCUCUGCAGAGGGCGCGGAAACCUCGACAGGCGGGGCCGUAUGGUGGCGUUCGCUCCCGAGCCUCGUUCUUAUCGUCCUUCAUCUGCUGCUUCUUGCUCCUCUUUCGCUUUGCCUGGGCCUCCACACACUGGAGCGGAAAUGCAGAGAGCGCCUGCGAGGCUGCCCCCCGCACCUUGGUUGCCUCUCGACUGGACUCUGCCGCGCGGCGAGCCGGUCGCUGUCUUCCUUCUCCUAUCGUGGAGGACGAAGGAGAGGGGAAGAAGAAAAACUAGAGACAACAGAGACAGAAACGAAGCAAGAAGGCGCGAGACAGGCUCGACUCGACAGUUUGCACGUUUUUGUAGUCCUGCGGAGCGACGAGCUUCUUCUGCUCUGUAGAGGCAGAUGCAUCUCUGCGUCACCUCUCAGCCCCCUUUUCUCUUCGUUUUUUGAUUGCGAUUCCGCAGAUUCCUUGUCCGCCACAGAAGCGCCUCCGUCGUGUCACUGCUCUGCCUGCGGCUCCUCCGCUGCGCCGCCGUCUUCUCUCUUGCGCGCGAGGCAACGCCGCUUUGCGUCUGCCUCCUCGCCGCACGCCGCGGCGUCUCCGCCUUCCACGUUUGCCUCAACCUCCGCUUCGACUCCAAAUCCUUCUUGUUCCCGUUCGUCUUCGUUCGCUUCUUUUUUUCUAUCUUCACGCUCACUGAGCCAAGAGGAAACAGGGGAAGGACCUGCGGAGGAGCUCCUUCUCCCCUCAGUGGUCAGCGCCUUCGAGAGCGGCGUGCACUUCCUUUCUCUCUUCGAUGCUGCAGGGAUCUGCUUGCGUGAGCCGAUCCUUUCGCGUCUCCUCUGUCUUUUAGCUGCAGACAAACGAUGGCGUCUGGCACCUCUUCCCGCUCAAAGCGCGUCUGGCGCGUCGUCCUCGCUUCCGCGUUCUUCCUCUUCGUCUCCGCCUGAACCCUCUUUCGCUGCUCAGUCUUCUUUUUCGCCUCGCCUCUCCCUCUCGGGCGCCGAGUCUUCAGCCCCGUCUCCGUUGAGUUCCGCCUCGCCUGGCUGCGUUUCGGCGUCGACCUCAGAGGCAGCGCCUGUCGAGGCCUGCCGCUGCUCCUCUCCGCGCCGGAGAGCCCGAGAGAGAGGCGGAGGCGGCCACGCGGCGCACGCGUUCGGAGGGCGCAUCCGAAGUAGAAGAAGGUCUUUCUCUCCUUCGCCCUGCCGCGCCGCCGCGGGGAGCUGCGAGGGACACGAUUGUAAAUCCGGGCGCUCGGCCUCUUCGCCGUCAUCGGACUCAACCGUGGCUCCGUCCUCUGCGCGGCUGUCGCCGGCGCCCUCGUCGUUCUCUUCUUUAUCGCCUGCGGCAUCAUACCCUUGGCUUCCUCGCGCCUCUGCUGCGCACCCAACCUCUGGUGUCUCCUUGUCUCCACGCCUCGCGGCAGAGUGCGAUGCGAAACACCCCCAAGAGGGGGGGGCAGCCUGCGCCACGUGGCGCGUAGGCCCAGCCGACCCGCAAGAGGCCAUCGGCUUAUAUUCGGAGAGCGCCGUCUCGGGCGCGCCGGCGGCCUGUCACGUGCCCCUGACCCUGCUGCUUUCGAGGCGCUACGCCCGCGAGGAUGCCGACGCAGGUGAGACGCAAGAGGAGGCUGUGCCUGGCGACAGAGGCAGGGGAAGAGUGCAGGAAAUGUUUGUUCGCAUUCUUUGCGGCUGCUGCGCCCAUGAAGAUUUGCUGCGUCGAGUCGAGCCACAGGCCUCCGCGCGAGGAUCUGUCUCCUCGCAGGCCUCUACGGGAGUUGUUGCAAUACCGCCUGUCGCCCUCGAAAGGGUCUCAGCGGGCCCCUGCGCCCGGGCUGACGAGGCAGUCGAGCGCAGCGCAUCCGCUGCAUCAUGCAAUCUGUCUUCCCUCUGCGCUGCGUCUGCGCCUCUUUCGGAUUCCUCUCCUUGCCCGGCUUCUCGCCGUCGCAGCUACGGGGGUGCUUCUUUUUGUGCGGAAAGGGAAGCCGAGAGCUUGGCGCACUCGCGUAUACACGUCAGGAAGAAGACCCGGAAGGCGAGGAGCGAGGCCGUCGAGGCCGCUUUGUUUCGUCCUCAAAAUGUGCGAAGUGGAGAUGACCGCUUGCCAGCGCGUGACCGGGACGUCUCGGGUGGAGCUCCAAAAAGGCACGCGCCGACAACUGAACCGACGUAUCGCCUUCCCUCAAAAGCCGUGAUCCAGCAGCCUGAGCUGUACAGACACCUCGCUUGUGGAGGGCCUAUCUUUCCGCCGCCUCUCUGCGUGUUUCUCCUGAGGCCGUCGGCGCAGGAUCUUCUCUGCGCCUUCGCAGAGGCCGCUGCGGCCAGGUGGACGCGCGUCGCGGGGUGCGAAAGACUCAGCCGCUGCCAAGUUUCGAAUGCCUUUCUGAAUCUCCAUGCACCAGCGGCGCGCUCCGCAGAGGGCCAGGGAGGGGAGAGCGGCGCGGCCGCAGAGAAGCGAAAUCUGUUUGACAGAAGUCACUCUCUACGCCGGUUUUUUCUCCCUGCGUGGAUGGCGUAUGUCAAGAGUCCAGCCUUCCGCGUGCUCCUCGCGGCGCUUCCUCAGCAGGUCUCUCGUUUUUUCCUGUGGUUGAGGCGAGUCUUCUGCAGACGCGAAGCCGCGAGGCUGGAGGCCCGGAGGAAAGCAGAAGGAGAAGACGGUAGCCGCGGAGAAGUGCAGUCUCCUCUGCGAGAGCUCGAGAGCGGCUCCCGCCUGUGUCAGCCGCACACAGCCCGACCGAGACUUCGCGCCUCCUCGGCGGGAGGAGCGUGCGCACCAGAAGCUUCUCCCCCAGAAACAGAAAGCUUUAGAGCUUCUGUCGGCGCUUUUGAGAAGAAUCUCCGCGCUCCGCCUUCGUCUGCGUCGUGGCGUCGCGCGCGUGCUUCGCCAUCGGUAGGCCAGCUGGCUCGGCUCCUGCUGCGGGCUCUGGCGCGGAGACUGGUGUCUCUCUUGGCUCCAUUCGACUACCUGCCGCCCUUUGGGCUCUGCGGCGUGCCCCCGAUUGUCUUGGCGGACGCCGAGCUGUGCUGGCCGCAGGUGGGGGCGGGUGCUCCGUAUUUCUGCGAAAAUGCGACGCAGCCCCUCGCGAGGCAGAGCCCUUCUCAACCCUCCAGCUCGCCUUCACUCGCCUCGGAAGACAGCCGGCGGCGGCAUUUCGUCCGCGGCUCCUCGUGCGCACCAAAUACCGAGGAUAGAGAAGGUGGAGGCGGCAGCGCAGGAGCCGCGUCUGAUUUUUGUCGCGAGGCUCAGCGCGACGUGCUCGCUCGCUCGGACUGGGGCGGGGCGAGCGCGCGGAGCGCAGAGACGGAAGGCGAGCAAACCAAAGAGGCAGAGAUGGCGUAUCUGAGGCUGGAGACUACGCUGGCAAGGAAGAUUCAGAGAGAUUUCCGCGCUUGUCUGGAUGAUUUUUUGUCUCGAGACCUCCGCUUCGGUCGAUGA